GCACCGACAGAGCAGCACCAGGGCGGCCGGCGAGCCCCAGCCGAGGUGACGGUGGGUGUAAUUCGGUGCUUUUCCGUGCAAUUGGGCACUGGGCCUCGCCGCGGCCAUGCCGCCUGCGCGCCGGGAGCAGCCGGGGCCGCGCGCAGAGCCCCGUGGCCACUGACCUGCCAUGCCAGCCAAGACGCCCGCCUGCCCACAGCCCUCUCCACCGCGCAGGGGCCGCCGGCCGCACCGGCGCGACGCGCUCUCGGGCGAGAUGAUCAGCCCGCCGCUGGGCGACUUUCGGCACAGCGCCCACAUCGGGCCGGACGGUGCCGGGGACAUGUUCGGGGAGCUCUCCUUCCUGCAGGGCCGCUACGACCUGCUGCCCGGGCCGGGCUGGCGGCGGGCGGCCGCAGGGCGCUGUCCGCCGCUGCUGAAGAGCACCGCGUCUCUGCCCGUCUUUGGGGCAGCCCCGGCACCAGCGCCCCCCAAGCCGCCCCGGCUGCACCUGGAGGAGCCGGCGGGCACCCAGGGGCUCCGCCUGGCAGGGCUGCCCUGCUCCGUCUCCUUCCCCGGGCCCCCAGCCCAGGGCCCCGACCCCCUGGAGCGGCCCCCCGGAGCAGCCCCCGGUGGCCCCCGGCCCCGCUCCGAGUCUCUGCUGGGCUUCGACCUGGACCUGGGGCCCUCCAUCCUCGACGACGUGCUGCGCAUCAUGGACGGCUACAAGCUGCCCCCCACCGAGGCCCUAUAGAGCCGCCACAGGCACGCGCGGCUCUGGCUGGGCGACCUCUGGGACCACUCGGGGUGGCCCCCUGCCAUGGCCGGUGGAGGCCGGGGUGUGCACGUGUGCCCCACGUGUGAGCACGCCCCUCUGUCCUGAUGCCUGGGCCCGCACACCCGUGCAUUCAUGCACGUAUAGGUGUGUGGACCCGCACACACUUCCCCAUGCUGCACCCACACGUGCGCGUUCAUGCACAUACAUGUGUGUGCACCCACCGACACGUGCACCAAUGCAGGCGUGCAACGACACUACCCGGCUGUGGCUCUUGCCAUGCAGCCCUGGCCACCCCAGGGAUUUCCUCCGCCCGGUGGGGACCCGGGAUCCUCUGCUGUCGGGGCGCUGGGGCUCUUCGAAGGAGAGCGGGCCGAGCCCCUGGGCGCCCCGCUGCUCCUGGCCUUGCACAGACCCCCCACCCCAGCCCUGUAGGUGCCUCCCACAGGGCGCAGGGGCAGUUUGGCCUCAACUCCCCCCCACCUCCGGUGGCAGCAAUAAAUCCAUUUUGCAG